GGGACUAGAAUCCAGUGAGCCAGUGCCGCAAGGCGGAGGAUUAGCCUAGUGAGCUGCAGUGCCGGCUCAGAAAUGUAGUUUUAAAGCUAAGUUUUACAGGCUUCAGUUAAACAUGUUUCACUGGGAGAUAAUAUAUCUAUGCAGUAUGUGAAUCACAUACUGCAUUGCUAGAAGAGUGGGUCUGCCAGAUAAAAUGCAAGACACACUAAUACUGUGUGGAACAUCAUCAAGCCAAAAAUAACAUUGCUUAGCAGAAAUUCAAAUUUAACUAUGGGCUUCAUCUUUCUAAAUCUGACCAUUUUGUUCAAACGACAUAUAAAAGCUUUUCAAAUUAACUAAUGAAUUGAUGACAAACUGAUACUUAUACUGUAUCAUGAUUAGUCCCCUUUUAACCUAGGGUGUGAGGAUAUUUUGAUAUUUGCACUUCCAUCAACCAGUUAUCUAUCAGUCCAAUUAGUUAUACUUACUAUUGUGAAGUCUAUACAUGUAUAGGCUUCACAAAAUACUUUUUAAAUACAGUUCUAUCUGUAUUACCACAGUAACAUUUUAGGGAAGAGAAAAACUUCCCUUGUCAGCUGUGGCCAUUAGUAAUUUCAAACUAUAGUUUCUAGUUGAAAGAUAGGCUCAAUGCUUCUAUAACAAUAAUCACUUCCUUAUCUUUUCUCAAGUGGCCACAACUCAAGUACCAUGAUUCCAAAGGGUAGGAUUCCUUGUGUGAUGAGACUAGAUUGAUCACACUAUUUGACAAAGUAAUUUCAUUUCUAGAAGUUUAUGCUAAGGAAACAAAAGGAAUAGACCACAAAGACAUCUACACAGGGUGUUAUUUACAGUGUUUCUUGUAAUAGCAAUCAAUCAACAAAUAAAUAGAAAAACAGAGGACAACAUUCACAAUGCCAUCAGAAAAUGAUUAGCUAAGUCAGUGAUGGCACAUCCAACCAGAUUUGUCUCCUAACUAGAUCUUACCAUUUAUUCUUAUGCAGCUACUAUCCAGUCUCAACAAGAUAAAUGAACUUUCUAAAACAGCAGAGACUAACAAGAGACCUUAGGGCUUAAAAAAUAGUAUAGAAUUAUAUAAUAUGUGGAAACAUUCUUAUUAUCAGUAUUAAAAACCCCACAGAGAAAUGAGUCAGAAAUGUGAAGAAAAUGUAAAACACCAAAGCCAAUAAAUAGCCAUUAUACUCUCCCUCAUCCUAAGCAGGUGGCUGCAGCCUCCAGGUGGGAUUCUCCCAGGAAGACCCGAGGGGAGGCAGGAGGGUCCCAGCAGGUGGCAGGAUCCCACUGGUGAAAGGGUGCAGCCUAGAGCAGGCCCUUGGCCCCUGUACCCAGGCCUCACCUCUACCAUCUGGAACAUCCUGGAGUUCCCAUCCCUGCUGUAAAGAUGCUGAUUUGUUGCAUCUUCUGGGUCCUGUGUGCUGAUGGCUAUGUGAGCUGUCCAAUCUGACGCAGUGACAUCACUGCCACAUAAUCACACUGGAUUGUGACACCACAGAGUUCCAAAUUCCUGGAGGAGAGAAGUCCAAGGAGGAGCCUCUGCCACUUGGAGACUCAGGAUCUAGUGCGGUGUCCACUGUUCUCUGACCUUUUCCACCCAACACAGCCCAUCUCAUAUGCCUGGGAAUGGUGAUGAUAGCAUUUGAAGAGCUGGCUGUGUACUUUACCUGGGAGGAAUGGCAGAACAUGAACCAAGCUCAGAAAAUCCUGUACAGGGAUGUGAUGCUGGAGACCUACAGCAGCCUGUCCUCCAUGGUUGCCAUGAAAAGGGAUGACCUGAUUAGGAAAAACCAGAAAAGUCAGGACAAAAAUCUGAAUCAGGAUGUUACAAAAAAUAAUAAGACAUCAACUCCCAACAUCCUUGAAUUAAGAAAAACACUUCAUUUGAGUUUAAACCAUAUUCCAAAACUGAGUAUCAAAAAGAGAAUCUAUUCAGGAAUGAAACCUGAAGAAUACAAUAUAUGUUACAAUGUGCAUCCCCACUGUGGGCCUGAUCAACUACAAACUGAAGAAAAAUUUGAUGCUACUAAGUUACCUGGGAACGCUCUCCAGUUCUGUGAGGCUCUUAAUCAACAGCACAAAAUGCAGACUGUGCAACAGGCUUUUGAACCAACUGGACAAGGGAAUGUCUUCAAAAGGAAAAUAUAUAUUUUGUAAAUCUGAGAGGCAUUUUAUGGUAGAAAGUAUUACAUCAACUCCACUAUUGGCAAGACAACUCAAAUAGAACAAGAUUUCCAUAAAAAUUCUAACCUCAGUAUGCAUCAACAAAGUCCCAGAAAAGAGAAAGUUUAUGAAUAUACUAGUUCUUUGGAACCUGUCAUUGACCAAUCACAUCUUAAAAUUAAUCAUAGACCGCUUAUAGGGAAGAAACCCUAUGCAUGUAAGCCUUGGGGAAAAUCAUUCAGUUAUAAAUCCUGCCAUACCAUCCAUCAUGGUACUGAUGUUGUGGAAAACCCUCAUGUGUUUAAUGAACAUGGAGAAGCCACUUACCAGAAGUUACAUUUGAUUAAACAUCAGAGAAUUCACACAGGGGAGAAACCUUAUGAAUGCAAUGAAUGUGGAAAAACCUUUGGUUAUAAAACAAACCUCAUAAGUCAUCAGAGAAUUCACACAGGGAAUAAACCUUAUGAAUGCAAUGAGUGUGGAAAAGCCUUUGGCCAGAAGUCAAACCUUAUAAGUCAUCAGAGAAUUCACACAGGGGAGAAACCUUAUGAAUGUAAUGAGUGUGGAAAAUCCUUUAGGUGGAAGUCAGAUCUCAUCCUACAUCAGAGAAUUCACACAGGGAAUAAACCUUAUGAAUGCAAUGACUGCAGGAAAACCUUUGUCAAGAAGGCACACCUCAUAAACCAUCAGAGAAUUCACAUAGGGGAGAAACCCUAUGAAUGUAAUGACUGUGGAAAAGCCUUUGGCCAGAAGUCAAACCUCAUAAGUCAUCAGAGAAUUCACACAAGGGACAAACCUUCUGAAUUCAAUGACCAUGGUAAAGCCUUUGGCCAAAAGUCAAGCCUUGUAAAUCAUUAGAGAA